UUUCCAGAUGACUACUUUUCGCGUCUUUUCCCUCCGCCGAAUCAUUGCGACGAAUCCCGGUGCCGAUGCUGCUGUCGUUGCCGGCGGUCGCCUUCCUUCCCCUCCAGCCCCAUUCCUUCCUUCUCCCUCCUCAACCAUUUGUCUUCCCGACCGAGCUCGCACCUUCUCUCCGGAGGAACCGCCGCUGCGCACCGCCCAAAUCAUCGACCUUCCUCGCCGGAAUCCCGCCUGUUUCUGCCGCCGAUGGAUCUCUAAUAUUCACUCCUGUUCCUCCGUCAGAAAGUGAUUCAUACGAUGGCUCGCACGACUGGUUCGAUCCCGCAACACUCUCGUCCUUCCUCGUCUCCUCUUCGAGUCCGGCGAAGGUCGAGCGCCUCCACGCGGCUGCCCUCCGGCGGUCCCUCUCCUCGCUCACCUUCGUCGGAAACAAUCUCAUCAGUGCUUAUGCAAGAUUCUUCGAUUUGGAUUCCGCCCUCAAGGUGUUCAACGCAAUGCCCACUAGAAAUGUUAUCUCUUGGACAGCCAUUAUUAAUGCCCAUCUCUGGAUGAACCUUGACGAUGAAGUCAUCCGUCUGUUCGUUGAAAUGCUCGAAAGCCAUGUAGAGGCAAACAGCAUGACCUACGUUUGCUUGUUGAAGUCCUGCGGGAAUUCAUCGAAGUUGGAGCUUGGGAGACAGAUUCAUGCCUGUGUUUUGAAGGGGGAUUGGGGGAACCUGAUAGUCAAUAGCACGCUUGUGUACUUUUAUGCAGAGUGCCGUGACAUCACGAGCGCACACAGAGUGUUCGAUAGAAUGCCGAGAAAGGAUGUCAUCACUUGGACUACCCUGAUCACUGCUCAUGUGCAAGGUGGGCGUGAGCAGAAAGCGUUGUUGAUGUUUCAGGAGAUGCAUGGUGAUGAUUUUGCCCCGAACGAGUUCACAGUUUGCAGCAUCCUGACGGCUUGUGGAGAACUGAAGGCGCUGAGUUUUGGGAAGCAACUGCAUUGUGCCAUUGUCAAGGGAAUGUACAAAAAUGAUGUACAUGUUGGAACUUCUCUGAUCAAUAUGUAUUCCCGGUGUGGCGAGGUUUGGGAUGCUCGAAUUGUGUUCAAUCUGAUGCCAAAUAGGAAUACAGUCACUUGGACUUCUAUGAUAUCUGGUUACGCUAACUGCUGUCUCGGAGAGGAAGCUAUACUCCUGUUUCAAAGUAUGAAGCAGCGUCGUAUAUCUGCGAGCAAUCUCACUACGGUAAGUAUUCUCAGUGCAUGUGGUUGGGUAGGAUCUUCAUCUAUGGGAAAAGAAGUUCAUGCACAGAUAAUAAAGAAUUCCAUCUGCGAAAACAUUCAAAUAGGAAGUACACUUAUUUGGUUCUACUUGAAAUGUGGUAACUAUGCUUAUGCUGUGAGAGUUUUCGAGGCUAUGCCAGUAAAAGAUGUAGUUUCCUGGACAGCAAUUAUCUCAGGCCUUGUUAACCUUGGUCAUGGCUUAGAGGCGCUGAAAUUUUUGAAUGGCAUGCUAUCGGAAGGUGUGGAACCAAACCCCUUCACUUAUUCCUCAGCCUUAAAGGCAUGCUCGAAAUUAGAAGCAGUCGAUAGCGGUAAAUGGAUCCAUGCUCAUGUUAGUAAGAACGUAGCUUUCUCAAAUGUGUUUGUUGACGGUGCAUUAAUCGACAUGUACAUGAGAUGCGGUUGCACUUCUGAUGCUUUGCGAGUGUUUGAAAUGAUGGAGGAGCACAAUUUGGUUUCUUGGAAAAUGAUGGUCGUCGGUUAUGCAAGGAAUGGGCUCUGCCAAGACGCGCUGAAGUUUAUGUACCAAAUGCGAGAGGAAGGGUUUCAUGUCGAUGACUAUGUUCAUGCUACGGUUCUUGGUGCGUGCGGUGAUGUCAAUUGGGAAUCAGAAGGCUCUGCUGAUUCUUGUAUGUUCUCAGUUUGAGUUUCCCUGAAUGAAUCAUAUGAGAAUGAAGGCAAAAAAUAAAAAGUGACUGGAAAUCAAACAAAUCUUCUCACCAUCUGAUCUGCCAGGAUCAAAUUUCAACCUUUUAUGGUCACUUUUUAUUAACUGGCCAUCACCAAGAUUUUAUCCCAAGCACAUUGAUCAUAAGAUUUGUUUUUGGAAUAACUUUAUCUAGAGAUCUUCUGUACCUGAGAAAGCAAAAUGAGGUUGUAUAUUCUCAGAAAUCAAAGUUUGUUCUGGUCCAUUA